AUGACUUACGGGGCCUUGACAUUGGUUGUCUUUUGUCUACUGCCAGCCCACGCCUAUCUGGUUUCUCCUCCAGUUGCUCCAGCAAACAUCCUUCACUGCGGCUCAACUCCAGCUGAGGCCAAAGCAUUAGAUUGUCGUUUUGACAUGUUUUCCUACGCAUGGUACCCCAAGCCAUGCUGGGACAAGGAGCUGCAUGACGAAUUCUUCCGUGCCCAUAGCCAUGAGACUGAUUGGAGAAUGAUGGACUAUACUCCUGUAACGGCCGCCGAGGUUCUUACAGGAACAUAUAUCGACCUUCGUCCAACAUCUGGUCAGUUUCAUGAUUUACAUUGCACAUACGAAUGGCGCAGGCUGAUUCGAGCCCUUGCCAACGAGCGGCCUCUGGAUAAGAAGCUUUCUGAAUUUGAGCACUCGUAUCACUGCUCUCAUAAACUGUUGCAAAAAGACAAAACCCACCGAAAUGAAACAUCCGGUACGACCGCCAACCUUCUUUUUGGUUCUUGCGGGUUGACGGCAGAAGAGAUGUAUAGAUUUGGGACCAAGGGAAACGAGUAG